GGGAAAUCUUGCCUGUAUGUGUCAAAGAUUUGACCCGCGCGAGUUUCCGUAGUGGUGACAGCAAAACGACGGGUGGUGGAACGACUGUCACACCGGAAGUAACGGGGAUUGAGCUGUACAGGGAGUGAGUUCAGCUGGGGGCGCGGAGAUCUCGCUGUGUUCAGCGCCGAGGGUCACAGGAAUAAGUGCAUGGACUCUCUGUAAGCUGUGUGGGAGCUCAGGGCUCAGUCGGCUGCAGCCGUCCUGAGACCAUCCUGCUCCGGAUACAAGGUGUGAAUGAGCGAGGAGGAGCGCCCCGCUGCCCUCGCCGACACCAUCCUUCGCUUCCUCUGUCACGAUGACAUAGACACAGUGAAGGAGCUAUGUGCCGACUGGUUCCCCAUCGAGUACCCUGAUUCGUGGUACAGAGAUAUCACAUCGAACAAGAAAUUCUUCUCUUUGGCUGCCACCUGCUAUGGGCAAAUUGUGGGUAUGAUUGUAGCAGAAAUCAAGAGCAGGACCAAAGUGCACAAAGAGGAUGGUGACAUCUUGGCAUCCAGUUUCUCAGGUGACACUCAGGUGGCAUACAUCCUCAGCCUUGGUGUCGUAAAGGAAUUCCGAAAACAGGGUAUUGGUUCCCUGCUACUGGAAAGCUUGAAGAGCCACAUCUCCAGCACUGCCCAGGACCACUGCAAAGCUUUGUACCUCCAUGUCCUGACCACUAAUAACAAUGCCAUCCGCUUCUAUGAGAACCGGCACUUCCACCAGCACCACUACCUGCCCUAUUACUACUCCAUUCGCGGGGUUCUGCAAGAUGCCUACACUUAUGUGCUUUACCUCAAUGGAGGCCAUCCACCCUGGACCGUUAUGGAUUAUUUGCAGCACUUGGGAUCAGCACUGGCAAAUUUUAGUCCUUGUUCUCUCCCACAACGGAUAUAUCGUCAGGCUCACACUCUUCUGCGCAGCCUGCUGCCAUGGUCCAGCAUCUCAGCUAAGAGUGGGAUUGAGUAUAGUCGCACCAUGUGAUAAUAGAUCGAUGGACUUUGAAUUAUUACUUGGAGUUCCAGUUUAUCCGCCACAAUCUGAAUCACCCGUCAAGCCAGGACUCCGACAGCCAGCCUUGCUGAUCAUGUGACAUCAUACAGGGCUCACGUGUCCUCUUAUCCAGUUAGAGGUGUGGAUUUCAGGUCUGCUACUGGAUGCCCUCCUCUAGCAGCCCAUGAAACUGCUUUUUAUGUCUGCAUAUGAAACUAUCUCUCAGAACGUUUUUUUAAUAAGAUCUUAUCCUGCCACUGAACAGGGUGCUUCACCCCCCCCCCACACACACCCCCACAGAUUUUGCCUCUGUAGAUCUACCGUUUUAUUUAUCACCAGUACAGUAAUGGGGGAAAAAUGUUGUUGUUUUAUUUUUGUUCCAUUUCAUAACCUGGAUCUCCUUUAUUAUUUACGGGUUUAAGCAUAUGGAUUAAUGCAUUAAAGUCGUAUAUAGGGGAACUAUCGCGGAAAUGAAAAUUUAAUACAAGCUUCAGCAUACUGAAGUAAUGAACUUUGUAAAUAAAAUCAA